AAAAAAAAAAAAAAACACCACAAAAAGCGAAGGAUUAAGCGAAGCAAAGAGGGGGUAUCCCGUUAUAGCUGAGCUACUGGAGCCAUAACCAAAUCGAGCAACCAGCUGACAGUCAGUGCACUUGCUUCUUUUGCUGUCCCUGUGCAUUGAUAGAAUAAAACGUUGUGUUGGAAGCCGUUAUUUUUUUUUUCUUGGCAAGGGGAAGCAGAAAGAGAGAGAAUAGAGCAUAGCGCUUGUGUGUUUCCCGUUUUGUCACUACUACUGCUGUGUUUGACCAGGGGAGCUUGCUGUGUGGAAGCCCAGUCCGGAGGCGUAUUAGGGAUAUAACCUACCUGUCUACCUACCUGAUACCUAUUGCUGGAAACCUCUCCACUACACUGUUGGGACGAGAAAGAGGUAUAAUCACAGACACAGCAGAGGAACACAGACAGAUAGAGAAAAACGUCUUUUUUUUUUUUUUUUUUUUGGAAGAGUGCUGAUGCAUCUCCGAGCAUCUCAUCAUUUGCGCAGCAGCGACAACAGCAGCGGUUCUAUCGCUGAAAAGUGGAUUAUACUAGAGUUCCAGUAAACUACUCUGAGUCGGAACCAGCAUCUGGUACUGCCCUGGCCCGAACUGGACCUGGAGAUAGAUUUGAUAACAAGUUUUUUAGUUGGGGAGCCGCGGAUUACAAGAGAUAUGCGGUCCCUCCUGUCAGCACUCACUUGCCUAUGUGUCCAGGCCGUGGUGGUGCUGUGCGGUCCACUCCAGGUAGGAGACACUCCACCUCCAUUCACUGUCAUCUCAUCUCCAACCCAAUCUAGAGUCUCCUAUGCUGGGGGAAACCCCCCAGUUACACAGAAGCAGAGAGAUCUGGAGCAGGAGCUAAACUCUAAACUGCCCCUACAGCAGGUCCUGGCAGACGAGAAUGUGGAUUUCCGGAUUCACGUGGAGAAUCAGACGCGGGCACGAGACGAUAUGAGCCGGAAACAGUUGCGAGUUUACCAGCUGUACAGCCGCACCAGCGGGAAGCACGUGCAGGUGCUGGACCGCAGGAUCAGCGCACGAGGAGAAGACGGAGACAAAUAUGCCCAGCUCGUUGUGGAAACGGACACGUUUGGGAGCCAGGUGCGAAUCAAAGGCAAAGCUACGGACUAUUACCUCUGCAUGAACCGGAGAGGCAAGCUAGUGGGCAAGGUGAGCGACAAGAGCAAAGAGUGUGUAUUUGUGGAGAAGGUGCUGGAGAAUAACUACACAGCCCUGAUGUCAGCCAAAUACUCAGGCUGGUACGUUGGCUUCACCAAGAAGGGGCGCCCACGCAAAGGCCCGCGAACCCAGGAGAACCAGCAGGACGUGCACUUCAUGAAGCGCUACCCCAAAGGGGUGCCUCCAGACCCCCAGAGGCCCUUCCGCUACACCACGGUCAGCAAGCGGACUAAACGCAUCCACCCAGCCAGCCCUAGCUAGAGGGACUGGCUACAGAGCAAUAAUUUUUACAGCAGAUCAAUGACAAGAGAAAUACAUAUAAGAAAUGGAGAAGAGAUGUUCUAUUUUUGUACUUUGUGGCUGCAGUACUAAGGAGAGCAAGCGAUGGGGGGGAGGGGGGGGUGUCGUAAAGUGAGUAUGCAAGUUUAUUUCUCUGUCCAGGUGCUCAGCAGAACAUAAUCGGCUACGAGGAUAAGCUUAAAAUCAAGUGGGAUUGUUUUUAUUUCCUUUUGGGGGGGGUGGGGGGGGGAGCAAACAGUACGUUUGACAAAGUUGGAAGAGGAGGAGAGGACCCAGGACGUGUAGCAAAUACAAGAGGAAUGGGAAACAGAUUGUGAUUUUUUAAUUUUAAUUUUUUUUUAAACAAAAAAAACAACAAAAAACUGGAAAACAGCGCCCCCGUUGGGGAACAGAGACAGAGCGGUGAGGAUUCUGGGUUGCAAUCCUCAAGACUGAGGAGACUUAUAUAUAUGUUUUUUUUUUCUUCUGAAACCUGACACACGGAAUUACUGUUCUGUGAUCCUACAAGGAGUUUGACAAAGAGAAUGCUGCUACUAUGACAUUCAGUGGAUUACCAAAGUCUCAUACAUCAAUGAUAAAGGGAAUAUUUAAAA